AUGGCCUCCUUGAUUUUCAUAGUUUUCUACUGUUUCGUGUCAGCGCUCUAUUUUGAGGUUAUGUCACAAAUAUUUAUUUGCGUGAAAUUGUUCAUAAUAUUGAUUUGUAUAAUCUGUUUUAUCAGCCUGAAAUUUCCGCUGACGCUGUCACGGAAAUCAAGAAAUACCCCAGCCUUUCUGAAGGAGAAAAAGUCUAUGAAAAUCAAGGACGCCAUAAAGGCGUCCUACAAUAAAUUAUUGUAUGAAUGACUGCCGAUACGGUCCUAAGUCAGAUAUGAAUCAUGUCACUCUGAGUCUUACUGUACUAACCCGAAGCAACAACUUGUAUUAUGACCAUUAUGAUUGUAUGUAGAUCAGGAUCAAUGCAUGAUCUUUUCGGGGCCAUGAAUGUUGAGGUUAAAGGCCGAUUUAUAAACUCGACGCUCGAGUACCCCUCACGGUAGAAUGACAGCUGAUUAUCUGGUAAUAUCUCAAAAUUCCCCUUAUCGGCACAGGACACAUAAUUCUGACGGAUCCAUCAACGUCAGGUAGUCAGAGCCGUAUUUCGUUUUCGUUUUUUGUACGUUACAUAUUCAUUUUAUACUUGCUAACAGCUCUUUAAUUUAGAAAAGUUCAUUUUCUUACAAAAAAAUAAAACGUUAUAAACAAGUUUUACUAGAUUUAUACCCGAUUCAGUAUUGCCAACGUAGACUAAUACAAAAAUGUCACUUGCUGAUCAGCUGUUCACGUCAGUAGACGUCAAAGCGUGAUGGAUACUCGUGAAAUAGGGAUUCACUGAAUCAAAGCAGUUACGUCACAACGUCAAAUAAUAACCGUGUGACGCACAUGGUUGCCGCAUUAAUUAAAACUACUGAUACUAGGACGUUUUAUAAAAUCAAGUUUGCCUUCAAUGCCUUACCGCAACCAAUAUUUCGGAGCGUAUGUUUUCUAAACAGUAGAGUUAGUAUAAAUUCUAUUUACUACCUAAUACCUCUCUUACGAACCGUAAAGGCAAUAAUGGAGCUCCAUGAUUUCGUUCGGUCUCAAAAUAUUUCGUCAAAGAAAUGAUGAAUUCUUUUGCUUGUCGACCCAGAGGUUUCGGCAUUUUAGCAAAAAGGACACCUCAAAGUUUUGAAAAAAACUGUUUUUAUAAAAUAAUGCAAAAAAUGAGGCGAAAAGAACGGAAAUAAACCACAAAUGAGCAACAGCCGUUGGCGUAAUUACCUGACUAGCCUUGCAACAAUGUCACAACACAGAAAACUGUUACCAACAUAAAUGUACCCGGGAAAUUCAACCUAUAUACGUACCAAUUUAAGAUCUAUUUUGCAUUAAUGUUUGGAUUCAAAUUGACUAAAUAUGACGUAACUGCUUUGUUUCAGUGAAUGUCAGGUGAAUGGGGUAAAACUCGGGACCUUAUUCAGAACUUUUUAUACCAAACGAUUUUUUACAUAUCUAUAUACCUUUAGUGACUGGGAAUGUUGAUAAUAAAAUGUACGAAGUAUACAUAAAAAUGUUUAUUAGAAAAUUAUUUAAGUACAUUUGGAAUUUAUUAUUAUAUUGAGUCAAGUCAGACUGCGCUGUCCUUUCCAGUAGCCGUAAUUUUAUCUGUAAAAAAUAUAUACACGUGUUUCUUGUUAGUUGUCCAUCAUCAGUGCAACUUAAUGUUGAGACCUAAUUUAGGGAAUCGAACGUAUAUCAUUUUGGUCAUAUACUACGACACAUUGAGAACUUAUAUGUUUCAAGCUCUGAUAAGUAGAGAUGAUUAGUAUAGUCAAAUACUUUUUUAUUAACUACCUGACUUGAACUGUUGUCAUGAUCAUUAAGCAACCAUUUUGCUUGUAGCGUUUUUUUUGCGUGCGAAAGAACUUUUACAAAUAUAAGCGUUGGUAGAAAGUUCAAUAUGAAUCCGUGGCGUCCAAAAAAUUAUAACUACAAAAUACGACUCUGUCUACCUGGCACUGACGGAUCCGUCAGAAUUGUGUGGCACUUUUCGAUAUAGGAAAUUUUGGAAUAUUAGUAGAUAAUAAUCAGCUGUUAUUGACUGUCACGGUUCACGUAAUCAAUACUCGUAAAAAUAGUGUAGCAGACACCCUCGAGCUGGUAGGCUACAGAGCUAGUCUGGGAACUUUUUGACACACCUUUGUAUGUGCUACCAUUUUUUCCAAAUUACGUGUAUCCUAGCUUACAAAGGAAUAUGAAAGCUGUAAACGUAUUUAUUAUACAAUCUGACUUGCAUCUCUCACAUCAUAAAUGUACGCAUAUAUUAUCAUACA